AUGCAUCCAGUCCUUAUCGACCGGUGUGCAUGGAUCGCUGAGGACGACCUUGGCUGUUUUGUUGGUGAAUAUAUCUAGAGAUUGGUUGGGGUAUGAUUAAGCUUAUAAGCAUCUAUCUCCUGUGAGCUUUAUGGGCUCGUUUGCUCGCACUCCUCGUGGCCGCAACAAUGACUACCCCUAUGAACGAAACGUUCUUGUACCGGAUUGGAUGGCGAACUGGGCCACUCCAUCCUCAGCUUAACGGAAACUUUACCCCUUACCCCGGGAACGAUGACGACCAAGGCGUCAGCCUAAGACUCUACGAUGACGACUAUGUUGGUCUCAUAUUUCAGGUCUCCUCCCUCCGCAUCUUGAACAGUGCCUUUGCGAUUACGGAAUCUAUAUUCGACUCAAGUCGCAUUCAGAUGAAUAUCGAUUGCGUGUACCCAAUCAGUGGGCAAUACAAUACGCUCUCGCGCGCCCUCUUCUACGUCCUAAUUGUCUUCUCGCUCGUCUUCCGCCGACAUGUUUGGAUCUCCGUCGCCGCACUCGGCACAGCCAUGACUUAUGCGGCCGUGUCGGCAGUACACCUCUUCACCCUCGUUGGAUUAUUUCGCUUCAGAGAUCCAGGGGGCUGGGACCCCGAGUCCACGAAGGAAUACAUGGACCUGGACCUUUUUGGAAUUUUCCCCAUCCUUACUGCGUCGGGUAUCAUGCUCACGCCCAUUCUAAUGUGGUCGAACACGGUGCGCAAGCACCAUGCUCAAGCAGUUAUUGUCUGCUGGGGGGCCCUGAUAUUUGUUGCGUUAGCGACGUGCCUAGGCGUCAUGAUGCGGGGGUUCGGUCUCACCAGCGGGGGAAGAAUGGUGGUGAACACCCUGCCAUCAUUUGCCCUGUGCGAGGGAACUCCGGACUGCAUCGUACCCCAAACCGACAAUUUUCUAGCGCUUGAAUACUACAACAGAUGUAACUGCAUCGACUUUUGCGGCACACUGAGCCCCAUCGCUCCCAUGCGUCGGGGCGAAAACAUGGUACCAUACUUUAUAACAAAAGCUGAUAAAGCCGCCUCAACCAAAGCCUUUAACAAUCUCUUCUACACUAUUUUGUUUGCGCUUGCAUUCAUAACUAUUAAUGGGGCUAUCGGCGUUCUGGAAAGUUACUACAGCCAAAGCGAGGUCCGAAAUGCGAUUUUCCGCGUCUGCAAUGCUGACCUCAGACUGUGGAUCAAGGUCCUAUUCGAGGGCAAGCGUGAGGAGGAACUGCUUAAACAAUAUGGCAGAGAGGAUAAAAACACGGAAGAAACCACGCGGAAGAAAAUACGCUACCACAUCGCCAAAGCUAUAGCAGCGAUGUUCUACGUUUCGGCUAUAUUCCUCAGUGUCAUAUGCCCCAUCGUUUUUAUAGCUAGCGUCAUAGCAAGUGAGAUUUUAAUACAGACAAUACCACCCAGCGAACACAGCGAUGCUAUAGGGGCAUGGGGAGCCUGGGUUGGCGCCAUACUCGUCAUCUUCGCCGCCGUGAUCGACCGGUACAAUGGGGCCUGGCUGGAGGCCCUAGUUGUCCUGUUCCGUGCAGGCUGGCGGGUCGUCAAAUAUGCCAAAUCUGAACGCCAAUCCAUCGUCGAAACGGACAAAGACCUGAGCGUCCGUAAAAAGAUCAAGGAUUUCUUUGGAGAACUCGGCAGCCCAUUCGUCCACGGCUGGAACAGCACCAAGUGCGCGAUCUGGACGGGCGGGACGAACAUGCGACUCUUUUCUGCGUGGUGGAAGGACACAGUGUACCAAUCUCAGAUGCGUGGAGCCGAUCUCCAGCUCGUAUGGGAUGCGGAGGUGACGAAGAACCCGGGCGGGAAGCCUAUAUGUCCGUGCCGCAUGUGCCACAAUGACCGUCGGGAUAAGAAAAACAAGGGUGAGAAUGAGACGCAUCGACAUGUUGCUCUGGACAGAGUACGGACGAAAGCGCUGAGAAAGAGGGAUGAGUACGAGAACGUGCAAAAAAUGAGGGGAGCAUACGAAAGCGUGAAUAAUGCGCCCGAUACGCCCGCGUUGGGAACGGAGAUGUCGAAAUUACAGAGGUUGCAUCAAGACAGAACGUCCGGUUUGACACUGACUGGUGGGAUGGAGGCGUCUGAGGAGGAUCUCUAUGAUGGGCCCGCCACAACAUCGCGAAUGUCAGGCUCUCGGAUGUCGGUGGCAUAUGACCCAACUUCCCCGCCUGCCAUACCGCAGAGUGCAAUGCAGCGGCCUGGGUUCCAACGGGGGGAAUCUGGUCCGUCUUCACCGUCUCCGCUGAUUUCACCGCAUCAGGUUCCGCUACCCGAGGCUGCUCUAGAGAGGCGUUCAGGGUAUGCGCGGAGAGACACGGACCAAAGCUUUGGGUACUUUGAUACGAGAAGGGAAUCGGAUCAAAGUAUGCAGACCCUUGUCAGGAGAGACACGGAUCAGAGCAUGGGGCCAUUGACACGUAGAGACACGGACCAGAGCAUGGGGCCAUUGACGCGCAGAGACACGGAUAUGAGCACUGCGUCGAGACCAAGGCGGAAACCCGUCCCAUCGUACAUAGCCCCCGAAGACGAAGAAGCGGCGCCAUGGCCACGGACAAUGUCGCCUGAUCAGGCGUCUCCACGGAGAGAUUGGCCGGACUCGGGGAGUUGAGUGGAGUCGUGGUUGAUAUAAAGCGAUAUUGCAUAGGAGGAUAUUAAUAAAGCAUAAAUAAUUAUAUAAUAACCUUUUUCGGGAUCAGAAGUUGGGGAGAGGCCCUGUCGAUCAUGCAUGUAUGGGAAUGCGAGGAUUCUCGGGGGAGCACAAUAAGUGCAUCUCAUGUGAAGCACUCUGGAAUGUGACAACACUGGCCUUCAGAAACAACCUGCAUCGCGACAAAUUAAGUGAACUUCGUCCUUCAUUUAUAUGCACAUGCAUAUAUCUAAGUGGUACAACAUUCGUCACUGUGACACUACAGGCCGUACUCGCAUUCAACGGCAGCCCUUGGUAUAAUCUAUGAUGGGCUCUGAAUCUCCAUCCACAUAAUUGCCGCAUAGUAUAGCCAAAUAUGAAUAUUGCCUGUUGUCCCACUGUCAUGGACGCAAAUGGAUACGGAAUGUCGU